CAGUACAAAAUACAAGUGCUUCCAGAUAGCGCAAUACGGAAACAAGAUAAUUGGUGAAAAGGACCUUUGGCCCCUCGCCGAAUGUCUUGAUUUCCUUUGAUGUAACCUCACGCGCCACUUAUAUAAUACUUACUUUCAACAGGGUUUUAGGCAACGUAGCUGAAGAAGACCCGAAAGAUGCACGUGAUUGGAAACUUCGUUUGCUCCUUGAUUAUUUUAUAUUUUGUUCAGAGUAAAACUACAACUGGAGAUGAUGAUAUUUUGGAAAGAGCAAAAGAAAUCCGGGGUAGAACUACAACUGGAGACGAUGAUAUUUUGGAACAAGAAAAGGAAAUUCGGUCCGUCAAAAGAGAGAUGGCCAACGAGAGUUCUUUAUUUGAACACCGAAUCCAGAAACUCGAGGCAACAGUCGAAGAACUGGAAUUAGUGGUUUCUCGGAUUACUGAGACUACACAGUCACCCCUAAGAGGUCCUCCGGGAUAUCCGGGACCAUCGGGGCGCCCUGGUCUGCCCGGACCGAAGGGAAACCCUGGAAGGCGAGGCCCGAAAGGAGAACCAGGGAGGAUAGGAGGGAGUAGCACCAUGGUGUCGGCUGAACCCAUCGGAGAACCCGACGGAUGUGGAUGUAAGGGUGAAAAAGGAGAGGUGGGGGCUCCAGGCAUUCGAGGUCCAGUAGGCAUCAUUGGAUUUCCUGGUCCCCGAGGUUUACCUGGCCUCAGAGGUCCACCUGGCCCCCCUGGUCCCCCGGGCACCGACUGCGUUCAUGAAGAUAGCUAUACUAUACAAGAUAUAGCACCCCGCUAUAGCCCAACAGACCAAUCAGAAAAUCCCAAGCAGGAAUGGCGUCUCCGUUUGAUAAAUGGUGGAACGCCAUACCAGGGGCGUGUUGAAAUCUUAGUGGAUGGCCAAUGGGGCACCGUGUGCGAUAAUAACUUUAAUGUCAAUGCCGCCAAGGUAGUUUGCAAGCAGCUCAACCUCCCUCAUUCUAGCCCAGCUGUCCAAGUUGGAGCCCACUAUGGUGCGGGCGAGGGGCCUGUUUGGAUACAAAAUGUCUCCUGCAGCGGCACAGAGGCCAGAUUGGACCUGUGCCAACACAGUGUGCGGGGUAGUAUUUCCUGUUCCCACCAGAGGGACGUGGGGGUUACCUGCUUUUAUUUACUUCAAGAAGAAAACAUGAAAAUAAUCGGUUCAAAAUUUGAAUUUUUCAUUUUAUUAGUUAUUAUCCACUUUGUUCAAAGUCAGCCAACGACGGAAUAUGAGGUGAUGCAUUCCGAAAGAGACGGUUUCGUAGAAGGAGCAGAUCAUCGAUGGAAUCUCCUACUUGCCCAGGAAAGAGAAGCGUUUUCUGCAGCUGAAAUUCUGGAGAUCAAAAGGACUCUUCAUGAAUUCCGAGAAGAGAAAAAAAUCCUAGAAGAGAGAAUAAGUAACCUGGAAUUAACGGUUUCUCGCAUGAAUGAGACGUCACCGUCUCCGAUUCAAGGUCCUCCCGGUCCUCCAGGCAAUACAGGUCUCCCUGGUCAACCAGGUACAAAAGGUCCAAAGGGGGACAUUGGGCCCCGAGGAGACCCUGGUCCUCAUGGUGACCCUGGAGAGACGGGACCCCAGGGGUUACCGGGUCUGCGAGGGGCUCCUGGAAUUCCAGGUUCUCCUGGAUUGAACGGACCCAAGGGUUCCGGAGGGGAACGUGGUGCCCCGGGUUCACCAGGACAACCUGGUCUGAAGGGAAGCCCCGGGAAGCCAGGACCAAAGGGUAACCGCGGAGAUACGGGUGGUGAGGGGCCACCGGGUGGCACUGGGCCGGGUGGACCCCGUGGAGAAGCCGGUAGUCCUGGACUAAAAGGUGAUAAGGGAGAGAACGGUGGUCAAGGAAUAAAAGGACAGCGAGGAUUACCUGGAUUAACUGGCCUGCCAGGAGCAAAGGGUGUAAAAGGCGACGCCGGAUCGAGAGGACCGACAGGUUUGCCAGGUGUACAUGGUCCAAAUGGGGUGCCAGGUUCAAAAGGAUCAAAAGGAGACACUGGAGAUAUUGGAUUGCCGGGGAUAAAGGGUGAACCCGGCAUUAGAGGAACAAAGGGACAGAAAGGGGAACGAGGUAUCCCAGGCCCCGCAGGUCCACAAGGUAACCAAGGUGACAAAGGAAUGAAGGGGGUCAAAGGAGCCAUGGGUCCGCAAGGCCCCAAAGGACAAACUGGGAGAUCUGGCACCAUGAGCAAGGGCAUCAAAGGAGAGGCUGGACCUCCUGGUAGACGGGGAAUGAAAGGCGAAACGGGCCCAAUCGGACCAAACGGAAUCCCAGGGCGCCCAGGACCUGCAGGUGCCAAAGGAUCAAAGGGCGUUAAAGGGCAGCAAGGGUCAGCAGGACUAAAGGGUGAACGCGGAGUUGCAGGCGCUCCAGGCCAGGCAGGGACUCCUGGUGCCAGAGGACCAAAAGGCCAGAAAGGUCAAAACGGUUCUCCUGGUCCCCGAGGCCUGAAAGGGACACCUGGAAUACAGGGCCCUAGAGGACCACAAGGUCCACGGGGUUCACAGGGACCAAAGGGGGCGCCAGGAGCGAGAGGACCCAAAGGUGCAACGGGUGCGAAAGGAGGUCUUGGACCCCAUGGCCCUACCGGACCAAAAGGCCUCCAAGGGUCAGUAGGGUCGAAAGGGAGCCCAGGCCCUCGUGGGCUGUCAGGAGCAGCAGGGCUAAAAGGAGCAAAAGGGGCCUCCGGUCCAAGAGGUUUGAAAGGGGCAAAUGGUUUGAAGGGGAAUCAAGGACCACGUGGAAUGCCGGGCCUUAAAGGAGUUAAGGGUUCCGCAGGAGCCAGGGGCAGUACUGGGGCAAAAGGACAGAAAGGUCAGCCUGGUGCCCGUGGUCUUCAAGGCUUACGUGGGUCACCGGGGCCUCGGGGACCUGCUGGUCCUGGAGGGGCAACUGGACCAAAAGGUCUCAAAGGAGAGCGUGGAUCAGGGUCAACUCGAGUUGUCCGUCUGGUCAAUGGCAGAACAUCCUACCAGGGUCGAGUUGAAAUCUUCCACAACGGCCGAUGGGGGAGCGUGUGUGACGAUAACUUUAGUGCCGUAGACGCCAAAGUGGUCUGUAGGGAACUAGGCCUCCCGUACGAUAGAGUGACAGUUCAGAACUCUGCGCACUACGGAAGCAGCAGCGGACCAAUUUGGCUGGAUGACGUCAACUGCACAGGGAUGGAGGCUAGCUUAGAGCUUUGCAGACACCAGGGUUGGGGCACACAUAACUGCAACCAUAGUGAGGAUGUCGGCGUGACCUGCAGAUAAUUAGCUGGUGGCGUUGCGAGAAGACACGUGAACAGCGAUUUGAGAGGCCAAAAAGCUGCAACAAUAGGCCUACUUACCUGUAUGACUUAACAUUAUUAUGCGAAGAGGCAUUUAAUAAGUGUAUUACGUACUCCAAGACAAAAUUUGCGAAAUGCAGGACAUUAUUUCUAUGUUCUAGACUGGCCUAAAUGUUGAGCAAACUUACUUUCAUCAUGACGAUGUUUAAAAGUUUUGUAAUUAUGUAUAUGUAGACGCGGGGAAAAUGUCAUUUAGUUGAGAUUUGAUGUACAUUUGUACCAUAACGACAAUAGCAGAUAGGUAAAACAUUAAUGUUAUUUUAAUUAAACCGCCAUAAAGUCUGUUCUAUCGAAUAUAUAUGGAUAUAGUACGUUGUUAAAUUUUAAAGUGGGAUUUUGUACAUAAAAUAUGCCACAAAAUUAUUGAAAAAUCACUCCUGUUUGUUCAUCUGAGAAUAAAUAGUAACCAAAAUAGCAAAUAUGAAAUACAUGUAGAUUGCAUGUUCCUUAAUGGCAAAGUCAUUGACCAAACAACGAUUAAAAGCGCUACUAGUGGAUAUUUGGCCCUUUGAAAUGUGCCAUGCUAAAACAUGAUUUAUUGAAUUUUUGUGGGGGUGUCGGUGAGAAAAGUGUGUACUAGUACAAUGUGUACAAGCUGGGCUUUAUUUUUGAAUGAAUGUUUCAGAGAGAAGUAUUUUGAUAAACAUAAUAUAAUAUAUUAUAUGUGUAUAUUGUUAAAAAUAAAGUAGAUGAGGAGAAAUAAGCACAUAUAAAAUAAGGUGCCUGCUAACUGAAAAUUUGCUCCGAAAACUGGAAAAAAGAUAACAUUUUGCAUAGAUCUGUUUGGAGCAUAACAUUUGCCAUGUUUAAAGGGAGACCAGUCGAAAAUUUCAGCCCAUUUAGUGUUUAAAAAACCUGUGUGAAAACGUUCUUCCUUUUAACCCUACCCGUAAUUACAAUACUCAUAAAUUUUUUGGGUUGUGACACCCACUCGUAGUUGCCAUGUGUCACUUACAAACUUUGAUUGCUUAGACUGGAUAAAAUUGUAAAAAUACAUUUAAAAGACAAACGCCUUUUAACACACUUCUGUUUGAGCUCUGGACCAGUGAAAUGACAUAUUACAAAUAGACCAAGCGGGAAAUGCGAUAAAAAAUAAAAAUAGAGUGGCAAUUUGAGGUAAA